AUUUUCUGUUCAUAAUUCGCUCAUUAUUCAGCUGAGGAAGAGGUUAGGGGGAAACGUCUUGUAAAGGAAAGUAAACUAUAGUAACUAAUAAUGGAUUGUGGAAUGAGGUUCGUUUCUUAUUUUCUGCAACACAUUAGCAAGUUAUCACUAAGAACGACCAUCCAUAGUCCUAGAUUACAGUUCAUUCGCUGCGAAAGUAUAGCAGCGGAAAAAUUAGUGUAUUCAGAAUAUGGAGAUCCCGUGAAAGUUGUUCGUCAAGAGAAGGAAAAGUUGCCGGCUCCCAAGGAAAAUGAGAUUGUAGUUCGAAUGUUGGCUGCCCCUAUUAAUCCAGCAGAUAUCAACACAAUUCAGGGAGUGUAUGCUAUAAAACCUCCACUUCCAUCAAUACCUGGGAAUGAAGGAGUUGGAGAAGUUAUAAGUUUAGGAACAAAAGUGACAGAUCUCAGGAAAGGAGACAGAGUGUUGCCUAGAGCUAAUGCUUGGGGUACAUGGCGAACACAUGCAGUCUGUGAUUCAAAAGAAGUGAUGAAAAUACCUGAUAAUUUUGGCAUUGUUGAAGCAGCUACAAUGACUGUAAACCCAUGCACAGCCUAUCGCAUGCUGCGUGACUUUGUCAGUCUUUCAAGAGGUGAGACAGUAAUACAGAAUGGAGCAAAUAGCGCAGCUGGACAGUAUUUGAUUCAGUUGUGUCGAGUGUGGGGAUUCACCUCCGUGAAUAUUGUGAGAAAUCGAGAGAACAUUGAUGAACUGAAAGCCUUUUUAGUUGAUCUUGGAGCUUCAUAUGUUCUUACAGAAGAGGAGCUCAGAACAACAGAACUAUUCAGGAAAUCAGUGGUGCCAAAACCUAAACUUGCACUAAACUGUGUGGGUGGAAAGAAUGCAUUGGAGUGUCUGCGACACCUUGAUAGAGGUGGCACAAUGGUGACAUAUGGUGGAAUGUCUCGAGAGCCAGUUACUGUUCCUACUUCUGCUCUCAUCUUCAAGGAUAUCAGAGUUUGUGGUUUUUGGAUGACACGCUGGGGUGGAGAUCAUGCUGGUACUCCAGAGCAGGCUGAAAUGUUCCAAGAUAUCUCAAAAAUGUAUGCAGAAGGAAAUCUUAAAGCUCCUGUUCAUAAGCUCAUUCCAUUCAGCAAUUACAAAGAAGGGCUUGAAAAUACAAUGACUAUCAAGGGAUUUACAGGGCUCAAAUAUAUUAUUGAUUUUCAGAGCUAAUAAUUAUAUCUGAUAAUUGUUUUUGGGUAUGGAUUCUUCAGGUAAUUCAAGCUGUAUGAAUAAGAAAUAGUGAAAUAUUCCUCCCUGUUUUACUGUUUAUCUCGAAUACCUAAAUAUGCCUGGCAUAAAACAGUGGUAAAGAAAGUUGAAUUUGGAAAAAAAAUAUUUAAGUCUGAAUGUGCUUGACAGAUGUGUGCAACAAUUGAACAUGAGUAUUAUUUUGGACAUCUUUAGGUUCCCACCCCCCAAAUAUAGUGUUUUGGAAGCUAUGUUUUCCUGUUGUCAGGGAAAAGGGUGGAAAGGUAAGGUUCAUGUUUUUGUGUAUUAUAGCCUCAAUCACUUCUGACUGCUCAUUCUCAUGUUGCAAGCAUCCAAGUUGCUAUAACUGCCCACUUUUUUCGAGGAUGCAACAAAAUGAUCAUCUUCCCUUUUCUCAGAAUAAUCAUUACAUUACAUUACAUUACAUUUAUUCAGCAUUCCAUAAAUCCUUACAUGGUUUUUUCAAAACACCACGGAUAUAGAAGUAGUCAACAUGAGUAAGCAUAAUUACAUACUGCAUCACAUUUGUGCAAUGUCAUAACAGUAGCCAUAUAUAAAUAUUUACAAAAAACAUGAAUACAUGAACAUGGAUAUAGAAGAAGUCAACAUGAGUAAGCGUAAUUACAUAUUGCAUAACAAUUGUGCAAUGUCAUAACAGUUAGCCAUAUAUAAAUAUUAAUAAAACAUGAAUACAUGAACAUAAACCGUCACAUGCAACAAUAAAGUGCUAUUACCUACAAUCUGUAACAAAAUCAGGAACAUCAGUUGUUAUCCUAAUUGUAUUAUGUUUAUUAUUAUUUUAUUUUAUU